CUCCCUCUUAUAUCUUAUGACCCUUCUCUAGUACACUAACUUAAAAAACCCACAUUAUUAUUACUAUUAUUUCUCUCUAGCUCUAACAAAUGUUUGGAAUUGAAGAAGUUAUUGGAGAACUAAAUAGAGAAGAAGAUCAAGAAGAAGGUGAUAAUGGUAAAGAAAUAUUCAUCAAGAAGCAUAGAUUAUUGCCACCAGGUUAUAGGUUUCACCCUACUGAUGAAGAACUCAUUGCCUUUUAUCUUGCUUCAAAAGUCUUCAAACCUUCCAAUUUUCAUCAUGGAGUCAACAUUGCUGAAGUCGACCUCAAUAGAUGUGAGCCUUGGGAACUUCCAGAAGAGGCAAAGAUGGGGGAAAAGGAGUGGUAUUUUUUCAGCUUAAGAGUGAGAAAAUACCCAACUGGAUUAAGAACUAAUAGAGCAACUGUGGCUGGUUAUUGGAAAGCCACAGGGAAAGAUAGGCAAAUUUAUAGUAGUUGUAAUGGAGUUAAGCUUGGAACAAAGAAAACUCUUGUGUUUUAUAAAGGUGGUGCUCCUAGAGGCAUUAAAACCAAGUGGGUUAUGCAUGAAUAUCGCCUUCACUCUGAUCUUGCUUCCCCUAAUGUUUGCAAGCAGGACGAAUGGGUUUUAUGCAGAAUAAUUCAUAAAUUCGGAGAGAAAAUAAAAUCAAGAUCCUUCCAAGAAGCAAUUCCUUCUCCCAUUUCUCUACCUCCAUUAUCACUCAACACACCUCAAACCAUAGACCAUAACAACAUCCAAUCCCAAGCACCUCUACACAACAACAUUCAUCGCCAUGAAAAUGGCCUCCAAAGCUUCAUCAUCAACAAUCCACAUUUCAUUUUCCAAUCCAACAGCCUCUUUCCAUUUGCCUUAAAUAAUAACCUCGACAACACUCAUUUGUCGACGCCACCGCUGCCAUCAAUUCAAGCGAACGAUACGAACUAUCACGCCCAUUUUAACCCGUCCUUGUUGCUCGAUGGCAGCUGCGACAGCGGGCAGGCCUCGAGUUUCGGUGUGGACAGCAACGGCACGUUGGUUGAUGUCGCUGCUUACGGAGGUGGUCGGGGGGAUCAGUCCGAUGAAAAUUGGUCGGGAGGGUGCUGAUGAUUGGCGGCUGUCAGAUAAUUUGUGUUAGAUUAUUAUUAUUAUUAUUAUUAUUAUUAUUAUCCCCUACACAGAUCGCGAAGCAUUUUUCUUCUCUUUUGCUAUGUUUGAUGGUGCUUCGAUGUUAGUACAAUAACAUUAAUAUCUACUUGGGACUUGCUUAAUUUAUGGCAUUUUCGUCGAAGUGUUUGUUCA